UUAUUAUUUUGUACUCCGCCAAAAUAUAUACAAUCAGGGGAUUAAGUUUAAUUUUAAUAAUAUAAAAAGAAAUGUAGAGAAUUUUAUUGUUACAGAGUAAUGACAGGGUGAAACAUGUUUUAUUUCCGUGAUGCGUUUCUCUGACCCAAAUAAGUGUUCAGAUUCGUAUGCAGCUAUGGAAGUGGAUAUAAUUUUAAUGAGAGUAUGCAGGUAGCUGUGGCACGAUGCCGAAACGUAUACCCUUCCACAUAGUUUACGCAACCAGUGAAGAUAGUUCAUAUCCAGCAUGCGAGUUGAACGCCCAGGGUCCUGCGGCUCGCGGGUGGCGGAGCGCUGGUCCUCCGCCCCACGAGCUCCUGCUGCGCCUCACCGCCGUUACCAGCAUACACAAGCUACAGCUUCUAGCUCAUCAUCAGCUGAUACCUGCUUGCGUAGAAGUGUUAGUGUCUGGAGGUCUGCUGUCAGAGGGAGCUGCGACACCGUGCGGAGCAACUUACACUAGUGUCGGUAGAGUGACACUCGCCAAACCAGCGCCCCAAGCACGCACUAGAGAACUAAGAUCGGCUGCUCUGCCCGAGCCAACGGUAGCUCGCUUCGUAAAACUGAGGCUCUCUGGACCACACCCACCAGCAAAAGACGAUGAGCAGGUUGCGUUAAUGGCUGUAAACGUUCUUGGUGACGAGGUGGAAGACGUCGCCAAAUCGUUGCCAACAACAAAAGCUGAGGUGUGUUUCUCGCCUUACGAUGACCUGGCCUUCGUUAUGUAUGUGGACAAUGAAAUUGCGGAUCUCGUUCGUAAUUUAGAUGAAAAGAAAAAAACAGCUGUAUGUGAAGAACGAUUCGAAUAUGCACGACGGCUCAAAUCAGCUGGUCAGGCUUUAGCUGCUGCGGGCAUCAGGAUCGGGAGAUGGAGACUUCGCAAGAGAACCGCCGCAGCUCGGGAUGACUUCGAACUGGCGAGACGCAUGAGAGACAGAAUAGCAGACGCACUGAUCGGCGUCCAAGAAGACCCAGAGUUGAGGAGACUAUUUGAAGAUGAUGGACCGGACACUCGCAACGACUCUUCUAUGCCCCAAGCCUACGACUUCUCCCACCAUCUGUCGCCGUCCGUCGCUAUGGGAGUUCAUAGCGUCGAAAUUCCCUCGCCUGUACCGCCCAUAGAACAUUUACCAGAAAACGAAUUCAAUGGAGAUCACAUCGACAGUCAUAAUAUACUCGCUUCACCCGUCCAUAUUCUUGAAGAUGAAACCGAAGUACCAGAAGAACCGGCCCAACCAGAUGAACCGAUCCAAGAAGAUAAAACUGAAGCUCAAAAGAUAGAAGAAGAAUUAAGAAAGGAGACUGAAAGUCCCCGUAGAAGUAUAACUCCUACUGCCUCUAAUGGUAAUAGAGCAUCAGAACUAAGCUAUCCAGGUACAUUAGUGAGACGAAGAAACAAAAGUGCUGGUCCCAGGUCUACUUUUGAAGCUUAUGAAGAAAGAUUAUUGCCUGCACUCAGACAUUCACAUACAAACGAAUACCUCCGUGAGGCCCGUGAAGAAGACUGCACAGGAAGCUCUUCUUCACAUCCUCGUGUAGUACACAAGUUGAAUGAGCGGGAACGAAAACAGGCCGCGCUGCCGAUACUUAUAUUUGGAUAUCCUUUGGUUGAAAAAUUCUUCUCCAAAAGCUAUUUGGACAAGGAAGAAGGUCUGGCGCGCUUGCGAGCUGAGUUGACGUCACCAUCGAACGGCAGCACCAAGACGUCUCCGAACAAAACAGCGCGAGCAGCGGCGACUUUGCUCCAGAGAGUUCUGAGGGAUAAAGUAUUCUCAGUCUACAGUCAAGCCAAUGAAGUUGUCAGAGUGCUUUUCAAAGAAUUCGUCCCUGAAAGGGUUUGCGCAGCGGAAGUAGGUCGAUGUCUGGACAAACUCCUCCCUGAACUGCUGCGUGCUUGUGGGGACCCCGCCCCACGCGUGCAUUCAACGGCUCAACACACCGUGCUCACAGUUGCUGACUGUCCUCUAGUCAGAAGCCUACACACAAUUCCACAACAGCUUGUUCGACCUGUAGCUGCUUCCAUGCAUCCUCGACUAGCUCUCUCUCGUCUUCAGAUGCUGGAACAACUCAUCCUGAGCCAUGGAAUCUCGACCGACAAGAAUAGCGGUCUGACGGUGCGUCGUCUAGCGGAGUGUGGUGCUGCAGGGGCUCAACACGCAGCGGGCUCAGUCAGAGCUGCUGCUGAAAGAAUUCUCUUAGCAGCAUACGCAAGAUCCCCUAGAGUUGUCAGAGCACAACUUCCGCCAGACGAUGCUGUCACCAGAAGAAAUCUAAUUUACAGACACCUCUUUCAACAAUUUGAUAGAAUUGAUAUGCAGAAAAUGCUAAAUCAAGCACCUACAGAAGAACAACUUCUUAAUGGAGAUCAGUCCAUUGCUGAUUCAAACUUAGAAGCUAGUGUAACACAGUCUACACGAAGCGGGACUACGGUUAGUGGAAUGACCACAUCUUAUGGAAUGACGUCUUCUAUGGACGCCACAUCAUCCUAUAGCUUAAAAUCAAGUGCCAGUGGUGGCACCCUGGCUCCUUCUAGUUUAAGUGGAAGUUUUACAACGUCGAGAACAAAAAGCAGUUUAAAAAAAACACCCACUAAAAAAUACACACCGACAAAAUCAUCCAAAGACGCUACCAAUUAUCCUGGCUACAACAAACUAAGACUUGAUAGUGCCAUUAGUCCAAAACAUUCCCCAAGAUCAUCAGUCGGUGGGAAUGAAAAGGUCCAUUUCCAGGAACGUCAAACGGAGGAAGUUGUGUUCCGUCGCACAAGCAGGAACUUAGAAAACCGCCACUCCAUGAUCCACUACGAUCAUGACUUGUCUAAACCUCAACUGAAAGAACGUCCAGUCACGGUUUACGAACCUCUACAUUUAGAGUAUAGAGACUCCCCUACUAUAGGCUCGCCAAAAAAUUCCAAAAAUGACAACCGAAGCAUGGACUCCCUUCCUAUGGACUCGCCUCAAAUGUCAAGAAACGAUAUGAGAUGCGACUCUGAUAGCAGAAGUUUGGAUUCCCCUAAAUUAAAGGCCGACUAUUUUAGAGAUGUGGGCUUGGAAUCCCCAAAAUUAGUAGCCGGGGUUAGAAAUUUGCAUUUGGAUGAACAAAGCCAAUUGGAUGAAAGUGGAUAUUAUAGUCCAGGACGAAGACAGCAGACGCAAAAUAAUGAGCCAUACGAAGCUUAUGAAGGAGUAGCAGCUGAUGCUAGCAGUGAGACCACGCCGGAGCCAGUAACAAGCACAUCUUGCACCUGGUGCGGAAGACGCGUGCGCACUGCUGCAUUGGAGGCACACUACUGGCGAAGGUGCGUGCUUCUCGCUCGAUGCCCGCACUGUCAUCUUGCUCUAGAAGCCCGGGCUCUACACUCGCAUUUACUGGAAGAGUGCUCGCUUAGCGAAGGAUUGUGGAAGGCGUGCCAGAAAUGUGGCGCGGCCUUACGUUCAGACGAAAGUGAAUAUCACGUCAACUGCACACCUUUAGGCUUGGAUGAGUGGAAGUGUCCGUACUGUUUGACCAACAUAUUAGCUCGCGACCUUCCUUGGCAACGUCAUCUGAUGCAGUGUCCUCGCAACCCGAGACUAACACAACACUAAUAUCAGCCUUGUUCAUUUAAUUCAGUAAUUCCUACGUUAAAUUAUGCUAAAGAGAGUUUGAAAUACAUAGAUAAAUGCGAACUGGAUCGAAAGAUGGACGAGGCAAAAUACUUUUGCUUAACACAUUAAAUACACUGUCAGUAUGGUAUUACGCAAAUUAAAAUAUCGGUGAGAAAGCUAAAUAUUCGACGAAUUUAGCAAUUAUUGUUUGUUAUGCUAUUUUUUAGCAUUAAUAUUUAAAUGGUUAUAUCAAUUUUAGUUUUUAAUUGAACUGUUUAAGGAAGCACCGUUUAGUGAACCACAACAAACAUGGCGGUUGAAUUGUUUCGUCUAUUUCAUAGAAAGUGUUAGCUAAUUGUUUUAUUGUCAUAUUUCGUUGUCUGUUGUAGUUUUAGUGUUAUGUUUUAUUAAUUUACUUUGAUGUAUAAAUUUAAAUGUAAUCUCGUUUACUGGCGGACAUUUUUUGUGUUAACCGAGAGAGAUAAAUAAGUCUUUCAUAUUAUUUCAAAUACCAAGCGGAUUGCUGAGACGAAAUAAUAAAAAAAAAAAACUGAAGUUCGAACGCUUUAGAGAAUAUAAAAAAAAUAAAUCUAAAUCUCAUAUUGUCUAAACAUCGCUUGCAGUAUAUUCAAUAUAUUACGUUAUAUGAUGAAAUAAUAAAAUUAUUUUAUGAAUUUAUUUAACACCACUCAAUUAGUACCACGUGUGCCGAUGCUGUGUCAAUUUCGUAUAGAUGCACGUCCUGAAUUACUAUAUUUAGCGCGUUUGUAACAUUUUCUACGUUUUGGAUAAUUUAAUACAGAAUAAUAUCUAAUUUUAGGUCAACUUAUUAUUCGUACUCAUUUUAAAGCUGUUCGGAAGUAUUUCGAAGCUGAUAUUUUUUAUUUACGAAGCUGAGAAGAAAUUGAAUAAUUAUAUAGUUUAAUUGUCCGCGUUUACCGUCCUUCUAAUACAUUCCGUCUAUGUUCAUAACGCAAACCUAAUAACCUUUUUAAUACUAUUUUUUUUUUCUAUUAUAUCAUAUUCGUAGGCCACAGCUAAAGUUUGUGGAUACAAGAUUGUAUUUAUUUACUCCAACUUUACACUAUAUCGUUUAUGACAAUGCCUCAAUAAACAAAUGUUUUAUUUUUUAUUUAUACAUUUCAAUUGUGAAACGGCAAAUUCAUAGUUUAAUUCAAUUCAGUCAAUUGGUUUGACUUAUUUUUUCAUUUCAUACCGGCACAUAACUAAAAUUUUAAGGAAGUAGAAAUAAGGUUCUGGUAGCAAAUGUAUUUUCAAAUUAUCCGCUCUUUACGCUUAAGUGAGACGCUUUUUGAAAAAGUCCUAACAAAAAGGCGGUAUUUGCAAUUUAUUUUAUGGCAAUUUGAAUAUAUCGUAAAGAGCAUAGCGUAUUAUAAUGUGUUUUCGAUUAAAAGUUAUUAUUUAAAAUAAUAAGAUACUUAAGAUACAAAAAUUAUAAAUAUGAAUUCCAUAUUCUUCACCUCUCGUUAUAAAAUCUUCAAAGUUACGUAUUUAUAGUAGUGCUAGAUCCUUUUGUGAUGAUUAAAUUAGCGACUCCUUCCACACAAUAGUCUAAAACGGCUGAGCAUUACCGUCUCUUCAUACGUCCUAUUAAAAAAGUAUUUCAUGUAUAUAGAAAUAUAGUUGUCUUUUAAUCGACUACCGUAAUUUAGAAAAUUAAUUGUUAUUAGUAAUAAUUAAUAAUAUUAAUCAUAAUUAAAUUAAUUCGAUUAACGAAACCACAUCACCCACUGUGAUAUUGGGUUGGUUUACACGGAAAAAGGUUUACAUUGGAGGGAUCUUCAGUUGAUGGUAUAGAAUAAAUAGUUUUACAUAGAUAUAGAGAUUUUUCUUCUAUCGCUUACACCAUUUGUAUUUCGGUAUUGGCUUAGACAUUAAUUAAUUCUUUUGCAAUCGUUAAGCUAAAUUAAAGCGUUUCUAUUUAAAGUCCUUUGCUUGUAAGAUAUGCCAGUUCGAUAAGUAAGUAAAAUAAUGUCCGUAAAAAUGAGAUACAUUAAUACUAUUUAAAAUGUAUAUAAGGUACUUUCAUCUUAUAUUUCCGUCUCAUAAUGACGGCGUUUAAGACAAAAUAAAAAAAAAUGUUAGUUAAUUAUUAUUGAUUGAAGCAAAAACAAAUGACUGGCCGUUAAUAAAAAAAAUAUUCAGUUUCAACAUUUUCUUAAAUGACAAUUUAAAUUAGACGUAACGAAACAAGAGAGUACCUACUUAAGUACAAUUAAUGACUUUUAUUUUAUAAUUUUAAUUAACUAAUAUCAAAACUAAGACAAGAUGGCCUUAUUUUACAGAAAAGGUUUUUUAAGACUACAGGGAAGAUUCUAAAGUUUAUUUCGUUAACAUUAAUUGAAAUUUAGAGUAGCUUAGGAUGCUAGUAUGAUUGGCCUAAGCCUGUAUCGUCACAUUACAUAGUUAAUAGUUUUCAAUUCAAAAUUCGUCGUAUCUUAUAGUAUUAAAGUAGGUUCUUGAAUGAGAAAUGCGAGACGCUUUGUAUGUAGACGAUGCGAACUUAUGUUAAUCACACGGAGUCUUUUUAAAGACGUAGUGAUGUAGAUGUUACGAUAAAACUAGUUGGCAUAAUAACCUAGUAGAGUUAUUAUAGUUAUCUAUAGGUUCACCAGCAAUUGUCAUUAUACGACAUAUAAAAAUAAAAUAUAAAUCAGGAUAUCAAAACUACUUUUUUUUUAAGUAUGUAUAAAAUUCUUGCUAAUAUAUGUAGCCAACGGUUGCAUGUAUUCUGCCAAAACAAUACUCAUAAGCUGAAUAAUUCAAAGAAGAAGCACACGAAAAGAAAGUAAGUGAACAACUUAGAUAAGAUUAUUUUUAACUGUUUUAGAACCCAGUAAUAAGAAGAAAUACAAACUCGGAAAAUUUAGAUUUUAGGUUAUAUAAACCACUUGGCUACUUGUUUUUACCUAAAAAAUAUUUUUUUGUAACUUUUUAAACGUAAAUUUUUGUUUUUGACUUAUUUGUAAUAUUGAGGGCAUUGUCAUUAACAAUUUAUUACUAUAAAUAUAUUGAAGCAAUUCAAAUAUCUUUCUGUUACAUUUUAUAUGAUGUUUCUUUUUUAUCUUGUCAAAUGGCACUUUCACCUUAUACAUUUAAUAUUUGUAUUUGUAUUAAAAUAGGUCACAAAAUAAACUUUUAUUUUCAGUUACCGAAAGAAAGUAAAUAGGACAUAAUUUUGUUUGAUUUAGCAUAUGAAAAUAAACAAAGCAAAAACGUGUAUUAAAACUAACGUAAAUGCAAAUUGUAUCAAUUAAAAUGAAUGGGUGAAAGUAUUGUAGGAACGUAUGGACUGAUAUAGAAAAAAAAACUCUCACGAAAACUGUUUUCGCAACAAAAUUAAAGGUGAAAUAAAAAUAUAAUGUUCGCUCAAUCUACUUUAGCCCUUUAGAAACUUACGGGUUUUUGCAUUAAGGUCUAAUACUCUAAAACUGAUAUUGUAUGUUAUUCAUCAACUUUAUUUAUUUAACAAAAAUGACAGGUGUAACAAAAAACUUUUAUUGUUAUUUAUACUCAAUUUUGACAGCUGUCAUGCAAUUUAAUAAAAUUUAAAAAUUAUAAGGAUGCGUUAAGAGCUUCAAUAAUUAAUCCAAAGCUGAAGAAUAUGGAUUAUAAUUAUAAUUAUAAAUAAGGACAUGAGAUAAUAAAUUCAUAACAACAGAGGGUCAAUUUGAAACUGAACUCGCAAUUAUUAUAUAUUUUGCUAAAUAUUUUGCAAACACUAUUGUUCCCGCCAAAAAUUUUAAUUUCGUAGAUAGUGACUUGUCGAUUACUCGUUUAGUUUUUAAUUUUAUUAAAUGAAAACUUUUUAAACAUAUUUCUUUUAUGACUUUGUGUAAUGUUCAUUCUUAAAAACUCAUAGAACCCGUUGAGUGCAUUGACCUCUCACUUUGAUAAUAUAAUAAAACAUCGAGAAAUUAUUUACCUUGAGAUCAAAAUGGCGGCGAGAGACUGAGUCACAAAAACGAUAAAUCAUUAUUUACUUAACCGUAAUCGACUAUUGGAAAUUAUAUAUAUUUUUUUUACAAGAACUGUUUCUUCAAUGCUUGUAAGGUAUGUUUUUUUUAACGUAUAUAUAAUUGUGUAUACUAUAAAAUGCACUUUUUAGUUUAAACAGCACUACAGCCGUGAAGUUGUUAUCGUUUAAGCGAUAUUUAAAUAUCAGGAGAAUAAAUUGUUUGAAUUCUAA